UCCUGACAUUUCCAUAUUUAUGAUUCUUCUUUUUUUAAUGUAAAAUCUUAGUAAUCAUCUUAUUCACAAUUCAUUUUAUAAAGUUUAAAACUGUCAUUAUGACAAAAGCGAUACCAACUUUUCAAUAUAUUGUUCCUGCCUCUCAGCCCACGCCUGGAAAGCAUUUGCAAAAAACGUUUACCAGAGGACUGGCCCCCUUUGCAUUUAAUGGGGCACGUCCUAGUCGUUGGGGAAGUCGAAAUCUGUAUACGAGUGCGAGUACGGGCGUACAUUGUGAGCCGUAUAUAGCCUCACAAGGACGGAAUCAACAGUUGAACUUGGUCCACACCCGCAGGUUUGCUUGCGCCACCGACAGCCCCACCAUGGAGUACAAAAUGAUAGGACCGGAGCACUGUGCCCAGGUGAUCGAGCACCUGCGUCACAACUUCUUCGCCGAUGAGCCACUGAACAAGGCCGCUGGCCUUUGCCAAAAUGGCAGCAGUUGCGCCGCUCUGGAAGAUCACUGUGCGGAGGCCAUACAGGAUCGGAUGAGCGUGAUGGCUGUGGACGUAAAGGAUGCGGGUACCUACAAAAUAGCCGGCGUGGUCCUGAAUGGCAUCUUGAAACCGAACGACACGGCCAAAGCGCUGGAGAAACUUGACUCAUCGGGCGAUGCACAUUUCCGCAAGAUCUUCGAAAUGCUGCACAAGCACAAUCUCAAACACAAUCUCUUCGAGCACUUCGAUGUGCAGUCGAUGUUCGAUGUACGCAUACUAUCGGUAGACUCUUCCUAUCGUGGCCAGGGCAUUGCCAAUGAGCUGGUGAAGCGAUCUGUGGCUGUAGCCAGAAAGAACGGAUUCCGCCUGAUGAAAGCCGAUGCCACUGGCAUCUUUUCCCAGAAGAUAUUCCGCUCCAACGGGUUCGAGGUCUUCUCGGAGCAACCUUACUGCAAAUACACGGAUGAGAACGGUAAGGUGAUCUUGCCCGUUGAGGCGCCGCACAUCAAGAUGCAGCUGCUUUACAAGGCGAUCUGUGGCGAUGACCAGGAUGAUAAAGUCCCGAAUCAUUAAGGAGAUGACUCGCUGUCGCGGAAUUGGAACAAUAAUCUUUUUAUUGGAAUGUAUUCGUCAAACAAAUAUAGAAAUUAGUUCGGGUCGGCAAA